AUGUGUCUUGUAUUUGCCAUCAAGAAGCCUUUUCAGUCGGUAGGCCAGCUGUUCUUGCACGCCUUUAUUGCCAUUGAGCCACUGCAGAAACUGGAGACAGUCCUUAAGCGUGCGAAGCUGAAUUUUAUCCGCCGUCAUCUUGCUUACGAAGGCACUAAGAACGAUGACACUAAUGAAUGGGCACUAGGCUACUUGUACAAGAAUACAAGUGAAAGCGUUUUACUGGUUAACCAGGAGACACUAAGGCGAUAA